CAAGCCUCCUACCGCGCUCACGUGUAUUUUACAACAAGAUGGCGAAAAGCAUUCGUUCAAAAAGGAAAAGAAAACUUCGAGCUCAGAGAAGAGAACAGUUAAAGCCAAGAGUAAAAGCGCAGCUUGAAAAGACACUUGGAUUGAGUGACAGGGAAAUGCUCGUCGACAUACAAAAAGACGAGGAGAGCAAAAGUGAAGUAGAAACACUUGUUAAGGAGGACUCCACGAAUGACGCAGCUACAGAAGAGACUUCUGAGGAUGUUGUGAUGACAACAGAAGAUGGACCUCAGAAAAAGCUUGGAAAGAAAGUGCUCAAGAGAAUUAACAAGAAAACUAAUUUGAAAAGGCUUGGCAACAAGAAAAGAAAAAAUAAAAAGUUGUUGAAGUGGUGACCAGAAAAGGGCAGUUCAAAGUAAACUGUCUCAGCUAGAGCCCUCAACUAAAACCUUAGCAAAUGAACAAGUAUUUCUGAUUAUAAUUUUAUAGUGUAAAUACAAGACCUACUUGUCAUUUAAGUGAUCAAAGUUAUCUUUGUGUUGUAUAUUUCCUCAGAAAUAAGCUAAACUAUUAUUUUAAAUCUUGAUUUUUAUUGUGUUCCUGGCAAAUGACGGAUGACUUUACUGGGUGGCUUGAUGGCUAUGUUCUAUGGCCAAGGGCUCGUGCAAAUAUGCAAUACACUUGGUUGUACUGUUGGUAUUAAUAGCAAAAUGAAAAGGUAACUAAUAGGUUUAUCUUGAUUUUUAUUUAAUUUGUUUGUUGCUGAUCUAUUAAAGCAAUAUUGUCACCAAAGGAUAAUCCUUAUUGCUGUAUUGUAGUUGUACUGAGACCUUCAGUAAUAAAACUUGAUUAUUUGA